UGUGAGUGAAUAGAUAAGGAAAAAGGAGAGUGAUUGUAUAUCAGGUUUGAGUAUGACCCAUACAAAUGUACAAGUGUGAAAAUAAUGUAAUUAAAUGUACAUCAUGUAUUCAUGGUGUGAGUUUGUGUGGUGACCAUUCUCCUAUUUCAUCAAGUCUUGAUUGUAUGUGGUAGAUAUCUUGUUAGUCUAAAGAAACAUCACAUGAUGAUAUUGAUGAUAUCAUAAUACUGCAAUGGUUUCACUGGCUUCCUAUCAUGUCUGUGUGUUUGAUAACAUGUGGCGGCCAUUAAAAGAGGAGAGAGAGUUGUGUGUGUGUGUGUGUGAUCAAUCACAUUAUUAAUUUAUUAUGUAUAUCUACAGUGGUAUGCAUGCCUACUAUUUUUCCUAAAAUUAUCAUGUUGCUAAUAUUGUAGUAUAUUAUGCACUUAUUGUUUGUAGUAUAAAGGUUAAUCAUCUAAAGGUUAAUCAAUGAUCCAUGUUCAUAAUAAUAAUAUUAUGUUCAUAAUCCAUUGUGAAGUAAUGGGCUAUAUUCAUUUAGUGUGUCCGUCAACACCAUAGCUUAUAAUUAGUUUGUUCUCUUUGCAGGUUCUAUUUGACUUAUAUCAUACUGUUCAUUCAUGGCAUUGGCCAUCUCUUACCAUGGAACAUGUUCAUCACAGCUCACGAAUAUUUCGUGGAAAAGUUUAAGUGCUCUGGCAAUUACUCCCACUGUACUAGCUUCAUUGAACAAAACUUUGAAAACUUCUUUUCCGUUGCUUCAAUGUUACCAGUCAUGCUAAUGUCUUUGCUAAACAUUUACAUACAAAGCAAGGUUAGCUUUCGAAAGAGAAUGCUUGUCUCUCUAUUAAUGAUGCUAGCUCUCUUUGUAUUGACAAGUGCUCUUGUUAAAGUGGAGACACAUAAUUAUGUUGAUCUUUUUUUUGCUGGAACGUUACUUACAAUUGUAUUCAUGAGUGUUUUCAGUGGCUUGUUUCAAAGCAGUACAUUUGGCUAUGCCGGUAUUUUACCUCAAAAAUACACUGCAGCUGUCAUGUCUGGACAAGCUUUUGCUGGAAUAUUCUCUUCACUUGCACGUAUCAUUAGUACUGUAGCAACUGGUGGUCAUGUUGAAUUGAGUGCUUUGCUCUACUUCUUGUCUGCUGUUGUAGUCAUACUACUCUGUCUUGCAUCGCUCAUCCUCCUAUUAAAAUUGAAAUUUGUUAAGUAUUACUUGAACUUGACUAGUGUGAGAACCAUACAGAGCAGAGCCACACAAACAGAGAUUAAUAAAAAAACUAGCAAAAAAGAUAAUAUGCCAUUUAAAGAAAUUUUCUGUGAUGUGUUGGUAUAUUCUCUUAGCGUGUUUCUAGUUUUUUUUGUGACAUUAUCUCUGUUCCCUGCUGUAUUAAGCAGCAUCAAAUCAGUUGAAAAAUAUCCUGAUGCUUCUAUUUGGACAGGGAAGCUGUUUGAUGCUCUUGUUUGUUUUCUAAUGUUUAAUUCCUCUGAUUUUGUUGGUCGCUAUCUUUCUAACUGGUUUAAGAUGACUGGCAAAUGGCGCUUUUUGUUGCUAGCUCUAACUCUCUUACGGUUUCUCUUUGUUCCUCUUCUUUUAUGGUGUAAUGUUCAACCACGUAGUAUACAUUUCCAUGUAUUGUUCCACAAUGAUGUUUGGCCUAUAUUAUUUAUUACUGCUCUGGGACUAUCUAAUGGAUUCUUAGCUUCUGUUUGUAUGGUCUCUGCUCCUCAAAAUGUUAAAGAAGAGUUCAGGGAAACUGCAUCAACAAUCAUGACAUUCUUUCUGAGCUUUGGUCUGCUAUCAGGGGCAGCAAUGUCAUUCCUUUACACUUAUCUCACAAAAAUAUAAACCCUUAGGAAGAGCAAUAGUCACUUUUAUUCUUUGCAUGCUCUGUAUUUUUAGUUGUAUGGAAAAUGAAAUAUACUUUUUUUUAAAUUAUAUUUUUGUGUCUAGUAAAACACUUAAAGUCAA